AUGCAACUCGGUAGAUAUUCCGUAUCUACCCUCCGACCACCUCCAAUUCAUUCAAUCACCUUCUCAGAGGAUGGACGGUUUUUUGCAUUAGCUGGAGAAGAGGUUUAUGAAGUCUGGAAAUCUUGGCCUUUGGCUUUGGUCAAAAGGAGAGUAUUGCCUGGUACUUUAACCUUGGCAUUGCUCCUCCCUCGAUCUCCUUUAUUGGUCUUACAAGGCGGAGGAGCCAAUCCCCUGUACCCGCCUAAUAAGGCUGUUGUGUACAACGAUAAGCUCGGUGUGGCAGUCGCAGAAGUCGAAUUUGGAGAGAGGAUAAGAGGUAUCAAAGCUAGAAAGGGAUUAUUAUGCGUUGCAUUAUCACGAAAAGUGAUAGCAUUUGAAUAUGAAGGGUUUUGGUUAAGGAAAUUUGGGGAAUGGGAGACUGCUGAGAACGAAACGGGUCUUAUGGCACUCUCAACAUCUGCCAGCUCAUCUCUACUUGCCCUACCAGGUCGUCAACCAGGACAUGUCCAACUGAUCUCCCUCCCUCUUUGUCCUCCCAUACCUGCUCCAUCAAACCCGUCAACGACAGCAUUCAGAUCACCUAUAAUACUUGCUCAUACACACCCUCUAUCGACAUUAUCAUGUACACCGAACGGAUCACAUAUCAUCACUACGUCCGAGAGAGGCACUCUGUUGCGUAUAUGGGAUACGACGAAGGGUCGCCUGGAAAGAGAGUUAAGGAGAGGAGUGGAUAGGGCUGAAAUGUGGGGAUGUGAAUUUGAGAAUGACGGAAAAGGACGGGUGGUAGCGUGGAGCGAUAAGGGGACGGUACAUGUUUGGAAGGAUGAGGAUGGUGCUCGAUCAAAGACGGAGGGUACAAGAUCAUCUACACCUACGCCUUCAUCGACUCCCUCCCUCACCCACAUACUAUCGCGGAAUCUCCCUUUACCCAAGUACUUCUCCUCGUCCCCUUCUAUCGCACAAUACCACUUACCACGUAAGAAUCCUCAUGCCAUCAGCUCAGCACUAGGUAAAGCAGGUGUGAAUGUACCUUCAAUCUCGAUGAACAAGGAGGAUAUCGAUAAUGAAGAAUCAGAACUGUUCGUAGUAGCCUGGAUAGAUGUGGAACUCACGUCCGACACUCAGAUAUCGCAACAACAACCCAAGGUAGUGGAAAGAAGAAGCUCUGCUAUAUAUGAUUCACCAGGGAGCACCCCGAUGAUGGGAGGCAGGGAAGAGAGAAGGUCUUUUGGUAGUGGAAGUGAUAACACCUCGAGAACUGUUACUCCCGCUCCUGGGACAUCAUCUACCCAUGGAAGAAGAAAUUCCUAUACAAGAACCGUGUCAAGUAAUUUCGUGAACAAAUCGCUGAUUCAGGAUCAACCUUCUUCCAUUUCGAGUAAACAGAAAGUCACAACCUUAUCGUCAAAACAUACCUCUUUGCCUCCCUCAAUACCCAAAGUCGAAAAGCAGUUGAUUGUUAUUACCUAUUCUGGCGAUUGGUAUAGACUACGUAUACCGGACGACGCCUCGCUAUCAAUUGGGACGAGUGGAGGCGAAGUAGAAGGAGAAGAGGCGAAGAAGGGUGGAAGUAAGUGCGAGUUGGUGGAGUACAGGAGAUUAGGUGUAGGAGGGGGAGGGUGGUGA